AAUAUAUGAAUAUUAUUCCAAUUUGUUAUUCUCUCUCUCACACACACAUAUAAAUUUGUUGUUCUUCUCAAUCCAUCUUCCGACACAACAAAACCGAUCUUAGAAACCACAAGACAUCAAAAAAUCCAAGUGCCCUAUAUUUUUAUGAGUUUUCAUUUUGGCCCGGUAUUUCUCGAUUUUUGCUUUUGUAACCACGGUUGAUCGUAAUGGGCCACGUCGCAACCGCGAGAAUGUGCAGGUCGCUGUACGGAAAUCUCCGACCGGUGAUAUCGACUUCCGUACGAUCCGGUUUGGUAUCCGGACCGGACAUAUUGGGAAACAUCAACCACACCUCGGCUUUUCGGUUUUCGAGUUCCGAGUCAUCCUCGCGGGACUCUGGAAAACAACUGCCGGAAAAUUCUGUCCGUACCGCCGACGGCAAAGUCAUAUCCACUUAUUGGGGUGUGCCUCCGGUUAAGCUUACCAAACCGGAUGGUUCAGCUUGGAAGUGGAAUUGUUUUCAGCCAUGGGAUUCAUACAAACCGGACGUGUCAAUUGACGUGACCAAGCACCACAAACCGUCCAAUUUCGCAGAUAAAUUCGCAUACUGGACGGUCCAAACGCUCAAAAUCCCGGUCCAAUUAUUUUUCCAGAGGAGGCAUAUGUGCCAUGCGAUGUUGUUAGAGACAGUAGCUGCGGUUCCGGGAAUGGUCGGAGGGAUGCUUUUGCAUUGCAAGUCUUUGCGAAGGUUCGAACACAGCGGCGGUUGGAUCAAAGCUUUGCUUGAAGAAGCCGAAAACGAACGAAUGCACCUCAUGACCUUCAUCGAACUCUCUCAACCCAAAUGGCACGAGAGAGCUCUAGUCUUUGCGGUGCAAGGCGUAUUCUUCAAUGUAUACUUCUUAGCCUAUGUACUCUCUCCGAAAUUGGCUCAUCGGAUCGUCGGAUACUUGGAAGAGGAGGCGGUGAAUUCGUAUACCGAAUUCCUCGAAGAUUUGGACAACGGAAAAUUCGAAAACGUCCCUGCGCCGGCCAUUGCCAUCGACUAUUGGAGGUUGCCUAACGACGCAACUCUCCGGGACGUUGUAUUCGUCAUUAGGGCCGACGAAGCUCACCACCGUGACAUUAACCAUUAUGCUUCGGACAUUCAAUUCCAAGGACAUGAACUUAAGGAGGCUCCUGCUCCAAUCGGAUAUCAUUAAGAUCACGUGACAUGACAACGCAUCUCCGUUUUGAUGUCUGUAUGAAUAUUAUGUCUAUAUAUGCGCCUAUAUAUAUGUGUGUACACGUGUGUGCGGUGUAUUGAAAUAAAAAUAAUUUAGUAAAGGGUAGUAAUAAAAUUAAUUUUAAAAUA